AUGCUAGAUCCUCUCCCGCCUCCUCCACCAUGGCUUGUGAGUCUGGUGACGCCCUUCAGCGAGGCUCUCCACCUCCCUUCCCUCCCGAAUCAUAUUCACGAAGUCUUGGGAGCCUUCAUCCUCUACCAGACGACCCAGUCCAUUGUCUCGCCGAUCCUGUCGAACUUCCUCUUCCCCGACAUCUAUCCAAAGCUCACGCGACGCACUCGCAUCAACUGGGAUGUGCACGUGGUGUCUAUGCUGCAGUCGUGUGUCAUCAACACCGCGGCGUUAUGGGUCAUGUUCAAGGAUCAAGAGCGUAAGGAUAUGCAAGGGAGUGCUAUUGAGCGGAUAUAUGGGUAUACUGGCGCCUCCGGGCUUAUUCAAGGGCUGGCGACGGGUUACUUCGUUUGGGAUCUUGUUGUGAGCGCGCGCUAUCUCAAGAUCUUUGGCCCUGGUAUCCUGGCCCAUGCCAUCACCGCACUCUCAGUUUUCGCCCUAGGAUUUAGACCAUUUUGUAACUACUAUGGCCCAGUGUUUAUUCUCUACGAGCUAUCCACGCCCUUCCUCAACAUCCAUUGGUUCUGCGACAAGCUCAACAUGACCGGAUCUCAGCUUCAGUGGUACAACGGGAUGAUUCUUCUAUCGGUGUUCUUCGGUUGCCGCUUAAUCUGGGGCACCUACCAGUCGUUGCGGGUCUAUCAAGAUGUUUGGCACACGAUGCACCUGAACGUGCAGUCCGGUCCGGUACUUCGAGAGAUCCCCACCUCUGCACAUUCCUCGAUAUUUGUCCCCCGAGAUGGGCAACUCUGCUUGGGUGACAAGAGCUGCAUUGUCGCGCAGUCCGAGGUGAUGCAGUUUACUGGGAUGCAGACCGAAGCUGUUCCGAUUUGGCUGGCUGGAGUGUAUCUGACCUGCAAUCUGGUUCUCAAUUCAUUGAACUUCUAUUGGUUCGGCAAGAUGAUUGAGGCAGUGCACAAGAGGUUCGAGGGCAAGCCCCACGAGGAAUUUCCGCGAGAACGCGAACGAAAGCAAAGCAUGGUGGAGGCUGCUGCGACGGAGCUCGACUAUGAGACUCUUUCUGGACCCAAGACCCCGAACGAGGAGAAAGAGGAACCGACUGUUCUGGGGAAGACCACUGCGCUUUCAGAUGGAUCAGCAGGAGCUAGGAAGCGGUAG